AUUUUCAUCGCCUCCAUGAGUGCACUCACCGCUCGGUCCUGCUCCAAAGGUGUCUCAUCUUUGACUCGGGUUCCACGAGCCGAUCUUAAGUAUGGCGGCCAGGGCUUGGACUUCUCUCACCAAAUUGCUAUGGCCGAAGAAUUAGGGAAUAUCACCAGCCUGGGGAUCUCCAUCGCCAUCCUCCUGCAGACCAGCAUGGCCACCCCGGCCCUGGAAAGGUUUGGAAGUGAAGAGUUGAAGCAGCGAUUCCUGGUGCCAUCCAUUGCGGGAGACUUUGUGGCCUGCCUUGGGGUCAGUGAGCCUGGAGCAGGGUCUGAUGUUUCAAACAUCAAGACGAGGGCCGUGCUCCAGGGGGGCGAUUACAUCAUUAACGGAAGCAAGAUGUGGACGACGUCCGGGAGCCAGGCGGACUGGAUGUGUCUGCUGGCCAACACCAGCGCAGGGCCGGCCCACCUCAACAAGUCCCUGCUCUGUGUGCCCAUGAACCUCGCCGGCAUCCACGUCUCCAGAAACAUCGAGAAGCUGGGCUUGCACGCCUCGGACACAGUUCAGGUCUUCUUCGAGGACGUCCGCGUGCCCAGGCAGUUCCUCAUCGGGGAGGAGGGCCAGGGCUUCCACUAUCAGAUGCUGCAGUUCCAAGAGGAGCGGAUGUCUGCCACGGCCCUGGUGCUGACCCCGAUGGCCAACCUCAUCCGCCAGACCGCCGACUACGCCCGGGGCCGCGUCCUCUUCAACAAGCCCCUGCUGGACAACCAGGUGGUGCACUUCCGGCUGGCCGAGCUGGCCACCGAGCUGGAGUCGCUUCGCUCCCUGCUCUACCGGGCUGUAGGCCAGUACAUGCGAGGCCUCGACGUGACCAAGCUGGUGUCGAUGGGCAAGUUGAAGGCCGGCCGCCUUAGCCGUGAGGUGACUGACAGCUGUCUGCAGUACUGGGGCGGCGCGGGCUACACCCACAGAGCCCUGGUCAGCAGGCUGUUCAGAGACCUGAGAAUAACAUCCAUUGGAGGAGGUGCCGAUGAAGUCAUGCUCUCCAUCAUAUGCAAGUACAUGGAUACACUUCCAAGGACCAAAUCAGUGAAAUGAAACAAGUGGGGGCUUCCCAGGAAGACCUGCCAAGCUGCCCCGGGCGCCAUGUGGCCCCUGGGAGCAGAUGCUCAUGUUUCCGGGGAAAGGGCCAAACACACCCUCUCCUUGGAGCUGACCUAACAACGUUGACUGAAUAAAGUGCAUGACUGGA